AAUGACUAUUUGUCUGUUAUAAUACAGUAAUCGAAGUCAGCUGACUAAAAAAAUCUGGCGGAAUCUAUUAUUUGCGAAGAAAGACGACACUCCAUCGAAAUAAGCAUGGAUUUUCUAAAUCACAACUAUUUUAACGCUCGCUCCCCUUACGACUACACAUUCAAUUUUUGGAACGACUAUUUGGGUCUCUCGACGUUGGUGACGAAGAGCAAGAACAGCGCUCCCCAAAGUCCCAAUUCCAUUACAGAGUCUCUGAAAGCUACUCUGCGUUUGGACGAUUCACCGGCGUGCUCGUGCGUUAUCGGGGGUAGCAGUGAAGGUGGACACUUGGAAUGCUGCUGCCCGUCCACGAGUCAUCCGCCUACCUCCAUCCUCGACUUGAAAGAGCGCUUCUCCAUAUUUAGCCCUUUCCAGAAACAAAGCGCUGGUGGGCCACAGCAGGACAGAGAAUUGGGAGGGAGAUUUUCAGGGUUCGAUCUUUUCGGCGUGGAACGAAAGAUGCGCAAGCAGACGCAUAGGAAUAAGCUGGAACCCAAGAUCUGCGUCUUCUGCAGGAAUAAUGGAGCGCCCGAGGAGGUGUACGGCUCUCAUGUACUCAAAACGCCGGACGGGAGGGUCGUUUGUCCCAUUCUCCGUGCUUAUACUUGUCCCCUAUGCAGUGCCAACGGGGAUAAUGCCCAUACCAUAAAAUACUGCCCGCUUUCCAAAGAUCAUCCCGCACAACGGCCACUAAAGGGAGGGAGAGCGGUGGGGGAGACAGAGCAAGAACUUGAUGAGCCAUUGGUCAACAUAGUUGACCUUGAUGUUUUAGACAGAGCCAGAGCAACAACAAAACAAUUCUUCAAGAUGAGCAGCAAUGCGAAGGAGAAAUUGAUUGAGGUGCAACAGCUGAUGGGAAGGCCAGCUUUGAAACUGUCAGUGCGAUACAAAGAACACAACGUGCUACUGCUGAUGCAACAGUGGAGGUAAAGAAGUAUCUGAAUGGUGACAUAAACUUUCUACUGUGUAUUCACACCUGGACACUCUUGCCAGAACAUAUGUGGCACUACCAGUAAUAUCAGUCCCCUGU